AAAAAAACAACAACCGCCGUAGCCGCCACCGCUCUGGGGUCGUGACUGACUCGCGCGCGCGCGCACCCGAAGUUCCCGCUCCCCGGGGGUCCCGCCCGACCGCGCACAUGGCGAGCCAGGCGCACUCCCUCAGCUACACGGGCUGCAACUUCUUGCGCCAGCGCCUGGUCCUGGCCACCCUGAGCGGGCGCGCGGUCAAAAUCCGAAAGAUCCGGGCCCGAGACGACAGCCCGGGCCUGCGAGAUUUUGAAGCCAGCUUCAUAAGGCUUUUGGACAAAAUAACUAAUGGUUCUCGAAUUGAAAUAAACCAAACAGGAACAACAUUAUAUUAUCAGCCUGGUCUCUUGUAUGGUGGAUCUUUGGAACAUGACUGUAGCGUCCUUCGUAGCAUUGGCUAUUACCUGGAGAGUCUUCUUUGCCUGGCUCCAUUUAUGAAGCACCCAUUAAGAAUAGUUCUUCGAGGAGUGACCAAUGACCAGGUUGACCCAUCGGUUGAUGUCCUUAAGGCAACUGCCAUCCCUCUCUUGAAACAGUUCGGGAUUGAUGGAGAAUCAUUUGAGCUAAAGAUCAUGCGACGGGGAAUGCCUCCAGGAGGAGGAGGGGAGGUGUUGUUCUCAUGUCCUGUAAGGAAAUUCCUGAAGCCUAUCCAGCUCACAGAUCCUGGGAAAAUCAAGCGUAUCAGAGGAAUGGCUUAUUCUGUACGUGUUUCACCUCAGAUGGCAAAUCGGAUAGUGGAUUCUGCAAGGAGCAUCCUCAACAAGUUUAUACCUGAUAUCUAUAUUUAUACCGACCACAUGAAGGGAGCCAACUCUGGGAAAUCUCCAGGCUUUGGGUUGUCACUGGUUGCUGAGACUACCAAUGGCACUUUCCUCAGUGCUGAAUUGGCUUCUAAUCCCCAAGGGCAGGGAUCAGCGGUGCUUCCAGAGGACCUCGGCAGGAACUGUGCCAAACUGCUGCUUGAAGAAAUUUACAGGGGUGGAUGUGUGGACUCAACCAAUCAAAGCUUGGCUCUGUUGCUCAUGACCCUCGGACAGCAGGAUGUUUCCAAAGUCCUGCUUGGACCACUCUCUCCCUAUACGAUAGAGUUUUUGCGACAUUUGAAGAGCUUUUUCCAGAUUAUGUUUAAAAUUGAAACCAAGUCAUGUGAAGAACUCAAGGGUGGGGAUAAAGUACUGAUGACUUGUGUUGGCAUUGGCUUUUCCAACCUUAGUAAGACUCUCAAGUGAUACAGUCACAAACUAUGACCCCCAACACCUACAAAAUAGAAAACUGCCAAGGACACCAAAAGAGGAAUA